AAUUACACUGUGCCGUUCAGAAAACCACUAGCAGCUGGAAGAGGGCAUUUUCGCCCUGCACACUGGAGACGAAAAUGAUAAUACUAAUAAACUACCACUUACUGCUUCGAAUAGCAGUUAGCAUUAAGUGAUUACUAUGUGCUGGGUACCAUGCUAAGCAUGGCUUCUUGAAAUACCUAAUUUAAUUCUGCUAAGCAGCUCAAUGGGUACAUACAAUUAUCUUCCCUUUACAGAUGAGAAAAUUGACCAGAUUUGAGCCCCAUCCCUGGUCCUUCCAAAGGCAAUGAGUGAUUUCUCUGCUGCAUAAACUGCCCUUAACCUUUCUCCUAAGUCAGACAAUCUGCUUCCUUUUGAUUGAGAGCAUUCCAAACUGGUCCCCCUGGGCUCUCUUCAUAUUGCUGUGGUGCAGAAGAUUUAAAAUCAGCUGAUGUUCACAAGGAAUAGAGUCACGUGAUGUAUGAAGGGAAACAUAUACACUUCUCUGAGGUUGACAAUAAGCCCUUGUGCUCAUAUAGCCCCAAACUGUGCAAGCAGCGGCGACUCAACGGUUACGCUUUCUGUAUCAGACACGUUCUGGAAGACAAGACCGCCCCCUUCAAGCAAUGUGAAUAUGUGGCCAAGUAUAACAGCCAGCGCUGUACCAACCCCAUUCCCAAAUCAGAGGAUCGUAGGUACUGCAACAGCCACUUGCAGGUACUUGGCUUUAUCCCGAAAAAAGAGAGGAAGAAAAAGAAUGAUCCGGUAGAUGAGGUGAAGGUCAGGCACCAGAUGGAUGCCAUGGCGUUUAGCCUGACAGUGCCUACGCUGGCCUUGAAGAUGCCCAAUGGACUGGAUAGCAUGUCCCUCUCUCCACCUGGGUCAAGAGUCCCUCUCCACUACCUGGAAACUGAGUUCGAAGACCCCUUUGCUUUCAAUGAGGAAGACGAUGACCUAAAGAAAGGGGUGACUGUGAGAAAGAAGUUGCAGAGCAAGUUGGCUCAGAACCGGCAGCGCCAGAGAGAGACAGAGAUUUUGAAAGUUCGGCAAGAGCACUUUAGCACCCCUCCUGCACCUCCACAGCAGCAUGCCCACUUGUCACCUCUCUCCACUUCGGUAAAGCCUCCAGCGCCACCGCAGGGUUCAGUCUGCAAGUCACCUCAACCUCAGAACACCAGCCUACCAAUGCAGGGAGUGGCCCCCACCACACACUCUAUAGCACAAACAAGGCAGGCCUCUAACAAGAGGCCUCUGCCCCUCCUUCCAUCCAGUCGGGCUCCCAUCUCAGAUGUCCCCAGAACUGACCGAAUCCUCAUGAAAGCCACCGCCUUCUCUCCACACUUGUCCUGUAUAAGCCGACUGCAGAGACUGGUGAAACUGUGUACCCAAAAGCAUCAGCUGGACGCAGACCUGUUCCCUCACCUAGGGUUGGACUGGUCUGAGGAGAGCGGAGAAGAGCCGGAGGACUCCGAUCAGGCCUCGCCGUACCAGGUCGCAUGGUCCAUCCGAGAAACACUCAGAUAUGAAAGACACACGUCGAAUGCUGAUGACGUGGAGAGCAGGAGCUCCAGGGUGACCCAACUUUGCACUUAUUUUCAGCAGAAAUACAAGCACCUCUGCCGCCUGGAGCGGGCAGAGUCUCGACAAAAGAAAUGCCGGCACACUUUGAGAAAAGCGCUGCUGCAGGCAGCCAGCAAAGAGCCCGAGUGCACUGGCCAGUUGAUCCAAGAACUGCAGAGAGCUGCGUGCGGUCGAGCCAGCUGCAGCCAGACCAAGUUGAAGGAAGUGGAGCCAGCAGCAUGCAGCGGAACAGUGAAGGGUGAACAGUGCUCUAACAAGGCCCUUCCCUUCACCAGACAUUGUUUCCAGCACAUCCUCCUGAACCGCUCCCAGCAGCUCUUCUCCAGCUGCACUGCCAGGUUUGCAGACGGACAGCAGUGCUCUGUGCCAGUGUUCGACAUCACACACCAGACGCCCCUGUGUGAAGAGCAUGCCAAAAAAAUGGAUAACUUCUUGAGAGGAGAUAACUCCCGUAAAGUUCAGCACCAGCAACCGAGGAAACCCAGGAAAAAAACGAAGCCCCCUGCACUUACCAAAAAACACAAGAAGAAGAGAAGGCGUGGACCUCGUCGACCCCAGAAACCAAUUCCCCCUGCAGUGCCCCAAGGGAACCUCAGCAUGCCCACCAGCGUCUCACUGCCAGUGGAGGCCUCGCAGAUCCGUAGUCCUUCCACGCCAGAGCUGAGUGCUGAUGAACUGCCGGAUGACAUUGCCAACGAGAUCAGUGACAUUCCGCAUGACUUAGAAUUGAGCCAUGAAGACUUUGCGGAUGUCCUGCCACGGUUGCCUGAUGACUUACAAGAUUUUGAUUUUUUUGAAGGAAAGAAUGGAGACCUCCUCCCGACCACCGAAGAAGCUGAGGAACUUGAGCGGGCCUUGCAAGCUGUAACUUCUCUCGAGUGCCUGAGUACAAUUGGGGUACUUUCCCAGUCAGACGGUGUGCCAGUUCAGGGGUUGUCAGAUAGAGGAAUGGGGGUGUUCUCCGCAGGUACUGAUGCUUCGGGAAUCCAGUCCUUGAGUCGAGAAGUAAACACGGACCUAGGGGAGCUGCUGAAUGGACGCAUGGUCCACGACAGCUUCUCUAGUCUGGAGCUGGACGAGAACCUCCUCCGUUCCGCUAGCCUGUCUAACCCACCCACACCCCUGGCAGGGCAGAUCCAGGGGCAGUUCUCUGCCCCAGCCAGCGUUGGCCUUACUUCUGCCACUCUGCUCAGCCAGAGUGCACUUGGGGAGAGAGCCUUCCCAGGACAGUUUCAUGGACUUCAUGAUGGCAGCCAUGCCUCCCAGAGGCCACACCCUGCCCAGCUGCUGAGCAAGGCAGAUGACCUAAUCACCUCACGACAGCAAUACAGCAGUGAUCAUUCACACUCCUCACCCCAUGGAAGCCAUUAUGAUAGCGAGCACGUGCCGUCGCCCUACAGUGACCAUAUCACCUCUCCCCACACAUCUUACUCUGGUGAUAAUAUGGCAGCUACCUUUUCAGCAGAGAUGCCCAUCAUGGCACAGCACUUGCUCCCCACCCAACUUGAGGUGCCACUUGGAGGAGUGGUCAACCCCAGAACUCACUGGGGAAAUCUCCCCGUCAACCUUGGCGAUCCCUCUGCAUUUAGCAACCUCCUUGGCGCGGAUGGACACCUUCUUUCCACCUCCCUCUCCACGCCACCCACCACGUCCAACUCAGAGACCACACAGCCUGCCUUCGCCACCAUUACCCCGAGCAGUUCCAGUGUGCUUCCGGGGUUACCACAGACCAGCUUUAGUGGCAUGGGGCCGUCCGCUGAACUAAUGGCCUCCACCUCUCCCAAGCAGCAGCUCCCGCAGUUCAGUGCAGCCUUCGGCCACCAGCUGAGUUCUCACAGUGGCAUUCCUAAGGACCUGCAGCCAAGCCACAGCUCCAUAGCCCCUCCCACAGGCUUCACUGUAACAGGUGCCACGGCUACAAGUACCAAUAAUGCAUCUCCCCCUUUCCCCACCCCUAACUGAGCGAGCGAGUCUGCUUUCAGGCAGGUGGGACCUGGUGUUUUCUAUCUUUGUUUCCUCUUUUGCACCCUCCUCUUUUCCUACAGAAGAUUUAGAAACAAGAGUGGGGAUUAGCAGGACCCCUUCCCAAUCCGCAAGUGGCCGCACGGCGACCUGUGUCAGUGUUCACGUGUGCUCCUUAGCACUGGUGCUCCUCCCUCCUGGCGGGUCCUCUCGGCCUGGUGGUUCCUCUGGUGGCGCAGCACAGUGACCGGAUAGGAUUGAAGUGGAAGAUACCUCAGAUUACCAGUGCCCUUUACUAUUUCCUCGUGUUGAGAUCAGUGCUUUCCCUUCUCCAGCCAGGUUUUUACAUAGGUUGUUGUAGACGGAGUGGUCUGUUGAGAUCCUGUGUAGCAGUGGUGUGCGGAGGCAAAUCAAAACUCUGACUUAGCCCCGACUGCCAAACGCCACAGUGAGGCCUGGGUGCCAUUCCUAAUUGUGAUGUGGUUAACUGAAAAGAACAUUGUCUCUUGACUGCCUGUGAAUGUGUGUUCACCCGUAUAUGUUUUGUGCAGUGCAGGAAGUAGCUAUCAUGGGUUUUUUUGUUGUUGUUGUUUUGGUUUUUUUUUUUUUUUUUUUUUUGUCUUUUUCUCUCAAAUAAGCUUUCGGCUCUUUUUUCCCUCCUUCCGUCUCAUACCUAGCAUCAUUUCUGACUGAGUUGACUAAAGCUUCUGAAUAGGAGGGGUGGCAUGGUGGUGGUGACACAGCCCUUUGUCGCUAAUGAUCAGCCUAUGGAGAGAGGAGCCACGAAAGGCCGAGUUCACAUCAGUGACAACUACCCCGCAUGGCUCAGGCUGCUCAGGUCUUUGCCUUUUCCGUGUGUAUUUGUUUCAAAAUCCCUCGCUCAUGGAACACAUUUGCAAGCUGUAAUUAAAAAAUGUUUUGAUGUGGACAAGCAGGCUUGACCAGAUAAACUUGAAAGGCGACAUCUGUGCCCUGCCUGGCCGGCCAUUCGCUCCUAGUUUUUACAUGUUUACAGUUGUGAUUCUUUGUGAACUGUUGAGGACACAUGUAGAGUCUGUGUACCAGUUGUGAAGUGAUAUGUAAUAUUGGAAAGACACACAUUUUAAAAUUUCUUUCAAAGCAGAAUAUGGAAAUUAGACAUAAAUUUGACUUACCUUAGGUACUUUUAAAAUAAUUUAAAUACUUAAGGUGAAGUAAAUUUGGAAAUCUUUUAAAGUAUCAAGGUUUUAGGGUGAACAUCUUGUUGAUUAGUGUGGCAAUUCGGUGACUAUGGAGUGAUAUGUGGGGUUUUUCUUGCUUGCCUUCCCCUGCAGAGAAGGGUGGAACUUCACUUUCUGAUCUGUUUGCUGAGGUUUCACUGUCCCUUUGGAUACCAUUGGGUAUUCACACCUGAGUUCAAUUUAAUUUACAUCUGUAUAUUUUUAAAAAUAAGGCAAUAUAUCUGUUAAUGAUGUGGUACAGUAAUUCUUUUGUCAGGGACUGUUUGAUCCUAAUUCCUUCCUUCCUAACAAGUAAAGGUUGGGACAUACUUUCCUCCUUAUGUAUGUUUUCUUCAUGCUAUGCUAUUCUGAGCAGUCCCUUCUGUUGAAGGCUUUCUUUCUCUGCCUUAUAAACGAGUGAUGUGAGCAGCAGGCAGUAUGCAGAUACCGUGUGCCUGGGCUUUGGGAGGGAAAGUCACAUGACUGUAUGAAAUCACGAUAUGCCCUAUUUUAUAUUUAUUGAAUUUGGGGAGGGCAAAAUAUGUUUGUAAUGUAUUUCUUUUUUAAAAAAAUUAUGUUAAUUGCAACAUUUAAGGUAUUAGCUUUGCCAUUUUUCAGAUUGAGAAAUUUUUAAAUUAGAAAUUAUGUCACAAAGAAAUUCUGUUUAGUAUCACCAUGAGCUUCUCCUAAACGGUGAGAAUCAGCUCUGUGCCUGUUUCUCACCUGUGAACUUCUGUCAGCAGCUUGUUCAUGUUGGUGCACUGUAAUGAAAUGGUAAGGAGUAGUUACCUCACCUCCAGAGUGUCAUUUCGUUUGCUGAGCUGUCUUCACACCCCGUUAUAAUCAUCACUAGAUAACUGUGCAUCCUCAGAAAAUUGUUUUGUCUCCAUUGUGUCUCAGUUGAAGAUCGAAGCAGAGCAGCACUGAACUUCCUUAUCAAGCUCCUGUUUGACUGUGAGAAGAAAGUCAUGGGUUAUCAGCUUGGACUGUUAGUGGCCAUUUGUCCCUGCAUUAGCUGCUGAAAAUUCUUUAGUUGUCAAGACUGAGUUUGCAGUAGGUUGCACCUUUUUAUUGUUUGCAGUUUUCUCUUUUUUUUCUCAAAUUUUUAGAUGUUAUACAUAUAUUUAUAUAUUUAACAAGUUUGUGUACUGGACAGAACUCCAGCAUAACAGCCCAUAACAUCUAGAAACACCUGAGUCAAGUUCAAAGCAGGUUGAGCGCAGGCUCCAUUAAGGUGGUUGAGGAUCCGAAUUCCAUACAGGCUUAAGGCUGAAAACCAGUGUUCUGAAGGGUUGCCACUUAAGAAAAGGCUACACAAACCUUUAUUCUAACAUUUAAAAUAAAACUACAUAUUCAUUCCAACAGCUUUCCCAGGCCUGGCGGCCCAAUAAGUUACACACACUCAGGCACUUGAAGGCUACGGACACAGGUGAUCACUGGGGAGGUGGCCAGAGUGAGAACUUUCCCACAUUGAGACCCCACAAAGACACUUUGGGGUCACAGGCCAUGGGAACUGCUGCAGUGGAACCUUUCUUCAGAUUAUUGAACCAGGAGAAGCAGCAUGGUUCUUGCUCAGGUGGGGCUUCCUGCAUGCAAGGCCAGGGACUGCCUGCUCAGCAGGGUAUACAGGAUGGGGCAGCGAUGCUCCCGCAGGUCUCGAUGGCGCAUUUCUCACAGCUGCGCAGUGGCCACUGCUCCGAAUUCUCUAAGACGAUUUGCUAGUUAGCUCUUUGGGUUUUUUGGCCAGUCGAAGACUUUGAGGAAUUAGCUGUGAUCCAGGGGUGCUCAAGGACUUCUGCUAGUGUUAGCCUCUGGCUUGCAUUGUGCUUUAGCAGUCUUGAAAUGAGGUCACAAAGUCGGGAAAUGUGAAUUCAACCCGUGAUAUCCUUCUGUAGGUCUGUGCCUCAAAGGGGGGCAUUCCAGCUAGGAACUCAUAGCAGAGGACACCGGGCUCCAGAAGUCCACCUUCUCGUCGUGCAUCCGGCCCUCAGUCAUCUCAGGGGGCAGGUAGUCCAGGGUGCCACACAGUGUGGUUCUCCUGGAAGAUGGAGCAUGCACAGACCACCCAAAGUCUGUCAUCUUCAACUCUCCAUUUGGCCCAAGAAGCAGGUUCUCUGACUUAAUGUGUCAGAGCAUUUGCCAGCUCGGUGAUGUAAAUAGCCGUUCUCUGCUCUCAGACUGGGAGUGCUUCUGGAGCUUCUGUAGACGGUCCCAGUUAGAUAUGGUGGCAUUGUGGAAAUAUCCAAACAGCCCGAGGAUGUUGGGGUGCCGCAAGUGGGACUGUAUCUCCACUUGUCUUCGAAGCUGGUGCUCCACCCCUGCUUUCUCCAGCCAAUGUCAAAAUCCUCCAGAGUCCACUGCCUUUUUUUCAGUUUUCUGUUUUGAUGCCUGUCCCUUUUCAGAAUUAUUUCCAGAGGCUGUGGGCUGUGGCUGCUCACUCUUCUGGGGGUUGCUGAGCCAGGAGACAGGUCGAGGAACGUUGGCAGCUGGCAACUGCUUUGGCACUGGCUUCUGACAUGAGGCCAGUUUCUGUGCUUGUGAA